GCGACGAAGUUAACGCCUACUUUUACACGACCGCAGGCUCGGCUGCUCGAAGCGGAAUACGUCUGUUUGCGUCCGACAGGACCGGAAGUUGUUCAAGCUAAAGACACCCGGUGUGCUCGAGGCGGGCGGGUCACCGUUUAUUGUCGUGCGCAGGACGAGGAGAGAAGAGUUUAUUUAAGGAGUUAAAUAAAAUAAAAAAGGCACGUCGACGGACGGACGCACCUCCCGCUUACGCCCACCAGGUGCCAUGAGCAGGGAGUUGAACGUGCCGAUGGGUUCCCCGACCCCGGGGGUCUCGGAGCGAGGCCCCGACGGCGGGGUGAUGGACUACAGGGACUGGGUGCGACGCAGUUACCUGGAGCUGGUCAGCUCCAACCACCACUCGGUGCAGGCCCUGUCCUGGAGGAAGCUCUACCUGAGCCGGGCCAAGCUGAAGGCCUCCAGCAGGACCUCUGCGCUGCUCUCUGGCUUCGCAAUGGUGGCCAUGGUGGAGGUGGAGUUGAAGAUGCAGUACAAUUACCCGUCUGCGCUCCUCAUUGCCUUCAGCGUGUGCACCACCGUGCUGGUGGCGGUGCACCUCUUCGCCCUGCUGAUCAGCACCUGCAUCCUUCCCAACGUGGAGGCGGUCAGCAACAUCCACAACCUGAACUCCGUCAGCGAGUCGCCCCACGAGCGCAUGCACUACUUCAUCGAGCUGGCCUGGGGCUUCUCCACAGCCCUGGGCAUCCUGCUGUUCUUGGUGGAGGUGGUGCUCCUCUGCUGGAUGAAGUUCCUGCCCGUGGACCAGAAGGUGGAGCCGACCCCCGCCAACGUGUAUGGGAACAACAGCGGCUGGCAGGCGGCGCUGGCCUCCACCAUCAUCAUGGUGCCGGUGGGGGUGAUUUUUGUCGUGUUCACCAUUCACUUCUACCGGUCUCUGGUGAGCCACAAGACGGAGCGUCACCACGAGGAGAUCGAGGAACUGCACAAGAUCAAGGUGCAGCUAGACGGCCACGAGAGAGGCCUCCAGACUGUGUGACAACAGGACCGCGGCGGCUUUUAAGGACUUCCCUUUUUUUCACGGCCGUCUCUUUUCUGACAUUUUUGUUUUUGAGGAUCGGUUUGGACUCGGCAGACGGCCAAUGCGUGUCAGGCGGCUGGUUUAUUCUCGGGGAGGAGGGGCGGGGGGGUAAAGGUCACUUUGUCCUCGUUGUUCGGAGGACUGCGUUUGAUCUGUUACAUCCGUUGGUCGUGGAUAAUGUAAAAGGUUUACAGAAAAAGGGCUGUAAUGUUCCGAGUGCCAUGUCUGUGUUUUGGAUCUGGUUCCAAAUUGGCACACAAAAAAAAA